AACCGGGCAAAAAGUACAAAAACUAUAACAUGGAGCUGUGGAACGAGCGAGAUCUAGCACCCCCAGUAAUGGUAACAUUUCCAUGCAAAACUAAGAAUAGAAAAGAUGCCAUUCUAGCUUUUACAUCAAGUAUUUCAUCCGCCCUGCAGUACUUUCAAUCGCUCCAGUCGUUCGAAAAGGCCGGCGCAUACCUAUCACGCUUCAUUACUCGAUGGAACAACCGCUUCUAUAACAUGCACGGUUUUCAAUUACUGAAGAAACUCAAACAAGCCCUGCAACGAAUAGCUAGUGUGGACAUAGUGCGAAUCUUAACUAAUGUCUCGUCGACAUUGCCGAGCUAUCUGGACAAAACCGUCGAACUGCCGAACCGGGCCAUGCUGGAUUAUUUGCUGGUGCGAUUACAAGGAUUGGCCAAAUUGCUGUGUCGCACUAUAGUGGUAGCAAAACAAGCUGCCCGGUAUUACAUUCGGUUUAUAUCGAAUGGAUAUUUCUUUAAUUUAAGUUCGAUGUUUCUCUGUUUGCUGGCGGAGAUUUGGUUCAAAUCCAGGGAGAUGUGCCAGCGGAUUGCAGCCUACUACGAUGAGUUGGUGCCGAUGAGAUCGCUACUCGUGGAUGAUGGCAAAGAGUGGCCCUCGAAAGGUGGCGUUUUGCUGCCUGAUAGCUUUUCCACUUGGCUAGCGGAUGAUUGGACCGAGGAAGUCGUUGCUAAGCCGAUUGAAAAUGAUGCGCUGAAUUUGCAACCUGAUACGGAUUUGUUUGUGCUACUAACCGGGGAAGCAGAAGAUCUGUCUUCCAAGCAAAAAGUUGAUGAUCAACUGAAUAAAAAGGCAAAAGCGGAAGAACCUACCAAGCGUCAAUCAAUUCCAACGAAUCUGCUGAUGAACCGAAUUAAAUCUGAUGCAGGAGAGACCGUGCAACGCAAAUCGAACAAAUCUGCGGGUAAAAAGCCGGUUGAUUGUAAAGCUGUGGUAGAGAAAAUGAAAUCGAAAUUUGAUUGUAAGCAGUUUUUGGAACACGAAAAACAGAAACGAAAGGAAAAUGUGUCCCUUGCACUAACACGAAAUGUUAAAGCACCGACGUUUGACAAAUUUGCAUCCAAAAUGAAGCGCGGGUUUGAUAAAAUGUCCACCAAGGAUUAUGUGACGACGUUUAAGCAAGAAUUAAAAUUACUUCUUCACGCAACAAAGUGA